AUGGCCGCUUCUUCCAGCUCCGGCCCAGAUCUUGGAGCCUCGCAGUCAGCAUUCCUUGCAGCGGGACUGAAGCCAUUGUCAGCCCGAGAUGCUCACUUAAGGUCUAAGGCCCUGGAUGCUAAUAGGAAGUGUGCCUUGAAGAAGUGGGUUACGCUUGUUUCCUUGGAUUUUAACGCCUGGGGUGUAGCCAAGCAAGCCAUGGGGCCUUUCGAUCCUAAAUUUGCCACAGGAGGCUUGGUGGAAAGUGUGCAGGACUGUCUUGCAGACAAAGCCACAGCUACCUUGCACCAACGCGUGGGACCCAUCUUCAGAUACGUGCACUUCUGGAAGCUUCAGUUCGUAGUGUGCCUGCCUGUGAGAGAGCACCAGCUCUACGAUUACUUCAAGGCAAAUCCGAAUGCGGCCCCGACUUCGUUCAGGUCGCUGCUUAUCGCUUUCAGCUUCGCCAAACAUCUGCUAGGCUUGAUCGUGUUGGACGAAGCCCUGAGCAGCGGGAGGAUCGUAGGGCUUGCAAAUGCUCAUUACUCGACGAGGUGUGCAGUUAAGCGCAGGCCUGCUCUAACCGUGGAGCAAGUCAAGCGACUCGAAGCUCUCGUGCUCAGCCCCAUGGCGCGGCCAAUGGACCGAAUCGCAGCUGGGUGUUUUCUGCUUAUGAUAUAUGGUCGCCUACGGUUUUCAGACAUGCAACGUUCUUCAGGUUUCGCGAUUGAUUCAGCUUUGAUUGAUGGCGUGGAAUCAGGGUACCUUGAAGGGCAAGCCGAGAGGACCAAGACAUCGGUGUCGCUUGAAAGGAAGAUCCGCUCUCUUCCCAUCGCUGCGGGUGGACAAGACUUCCGCUUAAGGUCUCAAGUGGAGGCGUGCCGGCCGGCCCUCGUCGCACUCUGGGUUACCACGUGUAAUCGACGAGAUUGCGACGAGAUUGCCGCCGGUAGAUUCAAGCCGGAUCUCACUCGAAGUGGGAUGAUAGCCAAUCUUGCAGAUCCACAGCUUCCACCUGAGAAUGAGGAGGAGGCUGACGCCAUAUCAUCGAGCUCUAGCGAGGCGUCCGAUGAUGAGGAAGAGGCCCCCGUGAGUGACGAGGAGCAGGCCUUGGAGCAGAUCGCCGGUCAGUGGGGCCCCGAGCCCGGCGACGGGCCUUGGGCUCGUCACAAACAGACUAGGUUCUUGCACAAGGUGAGAGAUGAGGCGAGAGCCAAGGACAUUGGAGUUUCUGAUGAGAGCUUCGCGAAGCUUGAGGCGGAGGGACUGACAACGAUGGCAACUUUCGCCUUCUGUUGUCAUUUCAACCCGUCGGCGACAGACGAGAAACCUCUCACCGACCUGGUAACCAAGGUUCUCGGUGCUGCGCCUUCCCUUAAGGAGAUGAGUUGCUUUCGGCGUCUGUUCGCCGAGGCAUACGCAACUGUUGCAUCCGACAUCCGAUCGCAGGUGGAAGCAACAGAAGACUCAUCGAUCAAGAAACUAGCUCCAGCAGACAGGGCCGAACGUUUGCGGGAGCAGCAGUCCAGACUUAAAGGUCUUGACUUGAGGGGCAAUAUGGAGCCAGGCGACUCCUUGAUUGAUCGGGCUGUGGCGAUCUACGAAUCUGACAGACUCCAGUAUGUGGAGUGGCAGCAUUCUGUUAGCAGACAGCAUGAGCUUCUUACAGGGCUCAAGAAGGAUGCUUCGCUUACCUUGGAUUCUGCAGGCGGCCUAAAGAUUGCCAGCAAGCCCAACGUGACUCCUUGUGAUGUGUCCACUGAUAUGAUGGUUCGCUACGCCUUAGUGCGAAGGGGCCUAGCCUUUGAACAGGCGAACAUCUUGGCGUACCAUUUGCACGAUGAGUUGCUUGAAAAGUACAUGUCUUUCAGGCUUAUGGACCCUCCUCCGAAUCAUGCGCGAGUGAGCUUGAAACAGAUUGAGCAAGCUGAUCGUCAAUUCACCAUGUUGCUCGCGGAACACACCCGCGGCGGCAUCAAGGUGAAGGCAGGAGGAUCACGGCCAUGUGACGGUGUGAAAGAGGACUGCACUUGUGCGCAGUCAAAGGAUGCCAUAGAGGGUGGACACAUCUUCGUCGUGCAUCCUGAGGGUCCAGAUCAAACCUUCUACGAAGAUGCAUCAUGGGCUCCAGAUCUCUUCUGGUUGCGUUUACCGUGGGUAUCCACUGAUUCGGCGCCGUUGACUCAACCGAGUCCGGCCUUCCCCUCCGCUGAAUUGCCUGCGGACGGGCCUCUAGUGAUCGAGCUGUGCGCCGGGUCCGCCAUCCUCAGUCAGACAGCCGCCAGCCGCGGCUUUGCAAUCAUGCCCGUGGAUCAUGCUCACAACCGCCACACACCUAAGUGCAAGAUGGUCAAUCUGGACUUGACCCAGAGCCAUUCCUCGGAGGUCCUCAAGUUUGUCAUCAAAUCCCGUCGUGUUGCCAUGGUGUUUGCGGCUCCGCCUUGCGGCACUUGCAGUGCUGCUCGUCACUUUCGCCCGGGCCCCCCAGUGCUCCGCACCACUUCACAUCCGUGGGGUGUCCCGUGGGCCUCCACCAGAGAUUGUGUCAAGCUCAAAGCUGCCAAUGCCUUAUACAAGCAACUAUGCGCUUUUCUUGAAUUGUGCGAUCAGCACUCUGUGCCUUGGUGCGUCGAAAACCCCACUAACAGCACCUUCUGGGAGUUGCCAUGUUUUGCGUACCCUUUGGCUCAUGGUUUCUUCGCGCAUUGCCAGGCUUGCGCUUUCGGCAGCGAACGAGAUAAGAAAACAUCUUUCUUGUGCAGCAGCUCGGGCAUCUCUCGCAUGGCUCUGAUGUGCCCAGGCUGUAAACAACAUGCAACGUGGGGCCUUACUUCUGAUGACACCUUCGCCACAGCGGAGGAAGCAGCCUAUCCUCCGGCCAUGUGCCAGGCCUUGUGUGAUGUCUUUGAGUCGGAGGCUGCCAGGCUCAACUACGUGUUGGGCUCGGCUCAGCCACUUUUGGCUCGAGCCCAUAAGCAGCCGCGAGGACGCCUACACCCACAGCUCUUGUCAGAGCACGCUGCAGUUCUAUCCCGCCUCCUGCCCCGGCCCCCGCCUCUUAAUCACAAGCGAUGUCUUACGCAGGAUGUGCACGGUGUCCCCGCAGGGAGCAAGCUCUUGCGUUCCGAAAAUAGGGGGAAUAAGGGUCUCUUCUGUGUUUUCGGGGUCUUUAGGAGCCCAGAGUCUUUCGUCAGAGAGGCCAAGCUGCUAUAUCAUCCUUUUGACUCUCUUGCGCAGUUGCCGGACUACUUGAUCAAAUCCCUGUUUGAGCAGCUGACAAAAUCCCCUGCAGAGAUCUGCAAGUUGAGACUUCUUCGUCUGCAAAAGUGGAGGGCCAGAGCGACUGAGCUGGCGCCAGUCGAGCACGCUCACCGUGCCAAGAUGCAACCGUCCGUGAAGGAGAUCCUCGCCAACAAGCGGACGGCGCUACUGGAGGAGAUGGCGGCCGAAAUAGACUGGCCCGACAAGGGUCUUUUCUCUGAGAUGCGCCAAGGCUUUCGCUUGGUUGGGUGCCUGAGCCCUUCUGGUGUGUUCAGGGAAGGAGGGUACCUCGCCUCCAUCAGCGAAUCCGAGUUGAUGGAAAAUGCAGACAGCAUCAGAGCUUCUCUCCUGGCACGUGUGUCAGCCGAUCCUCUUGACGAGAACGCCGAGGAGCUGUACGAUGUAACUCUUCAGGAGGCUACCCAGAAAAAGUGGUUGGACGGGCCGAUGACCCCAGGAGACAUUGGAAAGAGAUUCGAGGCGUGGAUCCCGGUGCGCCGAUUCUGUGUUGUGCAAAAAGGACGCUUGAGACCGAUUGACGACUUCAAGGAGAAUCUUGUAAACCAAGCCUGCUCUACGAGCGAGCGCAUCGUGCUUCAGGCGAUGGACCAUCUUUUAUGGUCUCUUUCCGUGUUGUGCCACUUCUACCGGAAGCGAGGAGCAGUCGACUUUACCUUAUCCUCCGGAGAGAGACUGACAGGUCUCGUCCAUCCUGAUUGGCAGAAGCCGGGGGCGAGCAUGCAAGUCGCCACGUUGGACUUGAAAUCAGCAUACAAACAACUACCGUUGAACCCUUGCGACUUCGACAAAAGUGUGGUGACCUUGAAGGAUCCCAAGACAGGAUCCAUCUCGUGCUUUGUCAUGCGCACGCUUCCAUUCGGAGCGUUGGCCUCGGUGUACCACUUUCUGCGGGUCAGUUUGCUGUUGCAUGCCCUAGGGUGCCACUUGGGAGCGUGCUGGUCAGCAUACUUCGACGACUUCCCUAUGGCGACUCACUCGCUGGUGGCCACGUCAACUUCGGCUUUAGUUAAGGGUUUCCUUAAGCUAGCGGGGUUUGACUUUGCAGAGGAGAAAUGCACCCCCUUCUCUUCGGAUGUCGAAGUCUUGGGAGUUACUCUGGAUGUGUCCCAGAGCUCGGAGGGCCUAAUCAACAUCAGGAACAAGCCGUCGCGGUGUGAGGAGCUUAAUGCAGUGAUCGAGGAAGUGCUCAGGGACAAGGCCUUAGUCCCUUGCCGACUGCCGUCCUUCAUUGGCAAGCUCCAGUUCGCCGACGGCCAAAUAUGGGGCCGAGCAGGGCGCAUGGCCAUGCACGACCUUAGGUCUUUAGGGUUUACUUCCAGGAUUCCGGUCUCCCUUGAUGCCAGCGGGAUCGAAGCGCUUAAGAUUCUUCAGCAAAGAUUGACGCAUGGAAAGCCUCGUGUCAUCCGUGCUGGGUGGAAAGAAAAGCCGAUUCUGCUGUUCACAGACGGAGCACUGGAGGAUGAUAACCUUGAUCACGGACCGGCUACUGUGGGGGCGGUCAUGUUUAAACCGAAUGAGCCCAACGUUCACGCUUUCGGAUGCGAGGUGCCGGCAAACGUACUGUCUCAUUGGAGAUCCGAUGGCAAGAAACAUGUCAUAGGUCUUGUGGAGCUUUACGGCGCCAUUCUGGCUCUUCGGCAUUGGCGCAAACACUUGGACGGCAGCCGAGUGAUAUUGUUUGUCGACAAUUGGCCAGCACUUGAUACUCUUGUCAAAGGAGAUGCAUCCGUCGCGAUUUGGCGGGAAAUUCUUAUGAUCCUUGAAAACCCGCAGGAAGCUUCACCGUGCUAUUUAUGGAUAGCACGUGUGCCAUCCGCGUCCAACAUUGCAGACGCCCCGAGCCGUGGAUCGCUUUCCGAGCUUAGUGCACGGUUAAACCGGGCACGUCACGAUGAGCUGUGGCUCAUAUCUUAUGCCGGGCCGAGGGGGCUUUGCAUCACCGGCUGCGCCGUGCGCCCUUCGCGGGAGGAGGUCCAGCAGCUCCUGGAAAAAGAGGUAGCCCCUCCAGACGUCCGCCCGAUUGCAGAGGCUUCGUGGUCCCGGGACCUCGAGCCUGGAUGGCAUGAGGCGGGUACUGCUUUUCUGGAAGGCGACUCAGCCGAAUACUCUCACUGCGAUGGACUUCCGCGCAACGGCAGCCACGUCAUUAACAAGACACGCCUCUUCAGCACCAAUUGCACCUGGCAUGGGCAGCCAGGGCUGCAGGUGACCCUCAAGGAGCCGCUGACCUUUCAAGGCAAUUUGGUCUUGACGGGUGAGAUACAGAUCAUGGGGGAGCAGGAGCUGGAAGGACCCUGUAUCAGUGUGAGCGGGAAGAUGACGGUGAUUGCCGCGAACGCCAGCUUCGUGGGCUGCAGAAACAGAAUGCAGGCUGGGACGUUCCAAACAAAUCCUGAACACGUAAAGCCCUGCACCUACGAAGCCCAAGCCUCAAACUCGCCAACCGUUAACACGGCCCUACUAGGACCCCAACCCCAAGAACCCAAAGCCUCUAAACUCGGACGGCAGCCCUCGCUCUUGAGUCGGCAGUCAAGCCAGACCCGUUUUGCAAACAAGGGCAUCGAACCGUGUUCGCAUGCAAAACGUAGCAGAAACCUUGGAGUGCAACUUGCGGGCCAGCCGGGGUUUUGUUUUCUCUGUGUAGUCAAAACAGAAUGUCGAUCACCCAUUCUGUCAUUUCGAAGGUCCCACCGCCAAACCCAGAACCGUGAAGAUGUGAAGUGUAUAAGUCGCUGCUAG